AUGGAGGUGGUGGGAGAGAGGAGGGCUCUGGCCAAACUGUCGUCUAUCAUGGAAAACACCUCCCACCCUCCGCAUCAGACUGUGAACUCCUUAAGAAGCACCUUCAGCAACAGACUGGCUGAAGGCGUCACUUGGCAUCCAUCAAGGAGCUGUCUGUUCUUCUUACUGCAUGAAAGGGACCAGAGUGGAAGCUUAGAGAGGAAAAGGUCAGCACUCCUCAGUCACUCACCUGGUCCAUGCACUUGUCCUAAAGGCUCUUUUAUGCUCAAAACAUCCAUACCCAAGAACCAGCAUGAGGAGCUGCUGCAACGCCGAGCUAAGGAGUUCCAAAGAUACAAAGCCAGGACAUCAUCUGUACUAUCCAGACUGCUGUUUGCUUUGCCAAACUCCCCUCUGAAAUAUCCUAUCCAGGGUUAUACAGUGCGGCCGUUGACAGCCACUCUCAUACCGGGUUUAGGGAUUUAUGCAGGAGAAAGAAACAGCUACAAGGUGUCCCUGAGUGUGUCCAAAGGCGUCCUGACCACAGAGACUCCAGCUGAAGGAGUGACAGUGAAAGGUGCUGGUGAGAAGGAACUGAUCCUUGAGUCCAGCAGUCUGGUGAUCCUCAAUGACCUGCUGACCAAAGUGUCCUACGCCAGCACUGUCUACUCUAUAAACACUGGAGAUCUGGUAACUUUCCAGUUUGAAAACCACACGGCUGUGUUUCCCAUUGCAAUCAAACAACCUCGCCUGCCAGUCCUGUACGACAUGGGAACAGACAUCAGCUCUCAAGUCACCAUCACCACUAAGACCUUCCUGCGUUAUGACAAACUGAACGUUCUGUUGAAAAGCAUCCGACGAUUCUACAGAAACAUUACAGUCAUUAUUGCUGAUGACAGCUUGGAACCAGAGAAAGUUACUGGAGAAAACAUCCAGCAUUACAUCAUGCCUUCAGCAAAGGGCUGGUUUGCUGGCAGGAAUCUGGCAAUCUCCCAGGUAACCACCAAGUACUUUGUGUGGGUGGAUGAUGACUUUCAGUUUACGAAGGACACAAAAUUGGAGAAGUUUGUGGAGGUGAUGGAGGCGAUCCCUGAACUGGAUGUGGUUGGUGGAUCUGUACGAAGGGACCAGUUUAGUUUUAUUCUUGAGUAUGAGGAAGGAGAGGAAAUGGAUGGUGGCUGCCUGAAGCGGAAAAUGACAAACUUCCAUCCACUGCCUGGUUACCCACAAUGCUCUCUGGCCAGUGGCGUGGUCAACUUCUUCAUGGCUCGUACAGAUUCAGCCCUAAAGGUGGGAUUUGAUCCAAAGCUCUUGCGGGUAGCACAUUCAGAGUUUUUUAUGGAUGGCCUGGGCUCGCUGCUGGUUGCCUCAUGUCCUGAUGUGCGCAUUGAGCAUCAGCCCAAAACAAGACUAAACAAGGAUCCUCUCUACAAACGCUUCAGAUACCCUCAAAGGGAUGACACUAUGUACAAACUGCAGCUUCACUUCUUCAAAAACCACCUAAAGUGUGUAAAAUAUUGA